AUGGCAACCCCUAAGCAGGAUGAGUUCCAGAACCCAGGCUGUACCAUCAUGACCUUCUGCCCAAACAUGGAAGAAUUCUCAGACUUCAGCAAAUACAUCGACUACAUGGAGUCCCAAGGUGCACACCGAGCUGGAUUGGCCAAGGUCAUCCCACCAAAAGAAUGGAGGGCCAGGCAGUCUUAUGAUAAUAUCAGCAACAUCUUAAUAGCAACUCCCCUGCAGCAAGUGGUCUCUGGGCAGGCAGGCGUGUUCACCCAGUACCAUAAGAGGAAGAAAGGCAUGACAGUGGGGGAGUACCGUGAGCUGGCCAACAGCAAAAAAUACCAGACCCCGCCACACCUGGAUUUUGAAGAUUUGGAGAGAAAAUACUGGAAGAAUCGCCUGUUUGGGUCACCGAUUUACGGUGCUGACGUCAGCGGCUCCCUGUUUGAUGAGAACACUCAACAUUGGAACGUGGGCCACCUGGGAAGCCUUUUGGAUGUGUUGAAGCAGGACCGCGGCAUAGUGAUUGAGGGUGUCAACACGCCCUACCUGUACUUUGGGAUGUGGAAGACCACCUUCGCGUGGCACACGGAGGACAUGGACCUGUACAGUAUCAACUACCUGCACUUUGGGGAGCCCAAGACCUGGUAUGCUGUGCCCACUGAGCAUGGCAGGCGCCUGGAGCGCCUGGCCAGGGCACUUUUCCCUGGCAGCUCCCAGGGCUGCCAGGCCUUCCUGAGGCACAAGGUGGCGCUCAUCUCACCCACCGUGCUCAAGGAGAAUGGCAUCCCCUUUGGCCGCAUCACCCAGGAGGCUGGGGAGUUCAUGGUCACCUUUCCCUAUGGCUACCACGCGGGCUUCAACCAUGGCUUCAACUGCGCAGAAGCCAUCAAUUUCGCCACCCCAAGGUGGAUCGACUAUGGCAAGGUGGCAUCUCAGUGCAGCUGUGGGGAGGCCAAGGUGAGCUUCUCCAUGGAUGCCUUUGAGGGGCUCCUGCAGCCUGAGAGCUAUGAGCUAUGGAAACAGCAAGGGGAUCCUAGAGCUAUGCACCACCUGGAGCUCACCUCCUGCCCCGGGCAGGAGCUGACCCAUGGGACCUAUACCCUGGAUCAGGGGAAGCUCACUUCGACCCAGAGGCGUUCCCAUUCGGGACCCCUCAGGAGUCGGGUGAGCAGAGGUCACAAGAGCUGUCCUUACACAAAGGUAGACCCAGAGUCCCUGUGCCUUUUCCCAUCCAAGCUUUUGGCUCUUCCACAAGGGCAAAGAUUCUCCAAGCAAGCUUCUGGAGCCUCCAGGAUGCCUGUCCAUUCUGUUGAUGUUAUAGCUGUGAAGAACUCACAGGCCUGUAGAAUCUUGGAUAGGAGCCCCAAAGUCUCCCUGCCGCUCAUGGUGGUGGACAUGAACUAAGUACAUGCAGGAUCACCUCCUACGUCUGAGGCCAUUCAGCCACAAGUGGACAUUCCUGAUCACAUGGACAAACAGCUGUCUGAGAUGUUGAUGAAUCAAACUCUACUUUAGAUGAUGCAUUUGAGUCUCCUCUUGGUUUGCCCAUGGUCUCCUACAGAAUUCAUGCAGAAGGUGGAUCUGCAAGGUCUUGAGCCAUCACUGGGCGAAAAGAAAGAGCUUUCAGGCUCUCUAUCUUCUGAGAGUAUCCUGCCGUUCACCAGUCUGGGACUUGCCGACACUCAAAGGGAAAUGACUACUGAGCCUGCCGAUGCCUUCUCCUGCUCUGCUUACUGAGACUCCAUCGACUGGAAUGUCCCACAACAUCUUGCCACCGUGAGAAAGCAGGUCUCAGCCUCUCAGCCUACUCCUAAGAGCACAUGUGCAUCUGACCAAAUUCACCCUGAAAUCACUGUCUUCGGAACAUCAGAAAGG